AUGUCGUCCUCCUUCUUCACCAGGCCUGUCCCCGGUCGCCUCCCUUCCUCCGCUUACGCACCCUUCGGCGCACCCAUCGACCUCCCGCCGCCGUGGAAUUCCCCGCCCCCGCUCAACCUCGGCAGGGGGCACAGGUCCACUAGCAGCGCAGCUACUGCCGAUACCGGACGCAACACGCCGCCUCCUCCAUACAGCGAUGCAGGGGAGGACUACGAUCGGUUCCCGGCGUUCAUGGAUGAGCUGGAGGAGGGGUUCUAUAUGGACCAGGAAACGGGGGAAGAGUUCUACGUCGAUGAGCAGGGGAACGUUCUUUGGGAGGAUGAGUAUCAGGGCAUGACGGAGGCAGAUCAGGUAGCGCAGAUGGAAGAGUUUGCGCGACUCCACCAGAGACUAGGGGUAAUCAAUCUGACUAUAGUCGCUCCCUCUGUCCCCUUAGCGCCGAGGGCGGCCGGAGCUCCGACCGAGCCUUCGAACGGCCAGCUGCAGGAGAUCACUGUGCGAGGAGUCACGACCCGCGGCCACGCCUCUGACAUCGUCGUCCCUGCUGGACCCAGCCAUUCCAGCCACCCUGCUCCGGUCUCCGUUGCCCAGCAAGUCUCUCUCCCGGCAGUGAUGCCAGCAGGCUAUGCCUCAACUCCCAUCACCCUUACUCCUCGUGCCCCGCUCUUCGCCCACAUACCUCCCUACCCAGUACCCAUCGCCCCCGGUCACGCCCCUAGACGGGCACCGGUCACCCCAGCUCCGGUUGCCCCACUCUUCACCCACAUCCCUCCCUUCCCAGCGCCCAUAGCGCCCAGAGCAGUCCCCGCUUCUGUACCGGUCACUCCUCCUCCUCCGCCAGCCCCGCUCUUCACCCCUAUCCCACCCUUGCCGGCACCCAUUGCGCCCAGUCACAUCCCCAGACGCGCCCCAGUGACUCCGGCGACGAUCGCUCCCCUCUUCUCACACAUACCUCCCUACCAAGCACCGAUUGCACCCGGUGCCGUGCCUGUCCCAGCACCGAUCAUCCCUGCUCCGGUCAUUCCUCUUCCUACCAGCAUUCCUCCUCGGUCACGCCGCACCUCCGAGGUCCGCAUCGAUCCUGCUGGUCACACGGGCUCCCCGGACUUGGCCACGAGUCAAAUCCUGACUUCCUCCCCUCCACAACCCUCCGCCGCUGGCGAUCUCCCCACUACUACUGCUGCUGCAACCCAGACCACCUCGGUACCCAGGACUGGAUCACACCGUGUACAAGCCUUUCUCGGACGGAUCGCCGGCAUCCCCUCCUCACAUGACUUCCACCCAGAUGACCAGGAAGCCUUGGCGGCCCGUCUGGUCUCGACUCACGCCAUGCCAGAUGGCGACUGGUACGACCCCGCUCCCCGGAUCCACGGUGCGCCCAUCCUCCGCGUGAGGCAUCCCCUGCCAGGGACAAUCCGUCUUCCUCAACCAGAUGAGGACGUCGACUCUCCUGGACCAGAAGCCGACUACCACCUCCGGGACUACACGCUCGCGUUCUAUACUUGGCUGAACGCCAAACACGCAAAGACGGGCAAUGUGAAGCGGUCAGACGGCGGAUACACCGAUAUGGAACUGCGCGAGUUCCACGCUGCGUAUCCGGAGCUGCUGGCCAAGGAGAGAGAGGAGGAUGCUAUUGCAGAGUGCAAGGCAGAGGCGCGGCGGAUCAGGAUGGAGGCGAGGGAGAGGAGGCAGUUGCGGAUGGGAGGAUUUGAGCGCGAGGUGGACUCGGAAUCUGAGGGGUCCAGCAGCAGCUCCGAGUCGGGCGGAUCGUCAACACGGGCGCAAUUGGGUGCCCACUCGUUGGAGGCGGUAAGGGUGGAACGAUGGGUUUCGGCAGAGCUGCCUAUUCCUGGUAGAUCGACCACCCCGCCUGCCCCACUUCGGCCAUACGCCCCAGCCAUCCCCCCUCGACCUUACGGGCAAACCCCUCGUCUCCUCUUGGGUAUCGUACAAACCCCACGGGUUCCUGCAAGGUCACCAGCCGAGGCCGCUCCUGCACCUCCCUCUCGCCAUCUGGAUCGGCCAGUCAACCAAACAGCUCGGCCCCGUGCGAAUUCCAUCACAAACCAAGCACCCGCUCAUGCGCACUUAUCGCCCCCACCUCCGCCUCCCCACCUGCACGAAGAGCGACUUCCCACCCCAGGUUUCCGCAUACUCCCUUCCAUCCCGCAAGUCACACCCGCCAGCCCGUCGCUGGACCCGCCCACCCCUCCGCCCCCCUUCUCCGAGUCCCUCGUCAACAACGACUACAACAUCUACCUCGCCAAUCAGUACUCGGGGGCCAGUAGCUCCAGUCAUCCCGACCCUCCUUCUUAUCGAGGGCAAGACGACCCGGGCGGCAUCUGGCAGAACCACAAUGGGAACUGGGUCCGCGACCCACCACCGGUACUUGCUGCCUCCGCACCUCCUCCUCAGCAUAGCUACGGGUACCGAUCCACCUCGGCGGCCGCGUCAUCGUCGUCCUCAGCGUCAGUCUCCAGGCCCAUGCACUUCGAUAAACCCCUCCCACCUCUCCCUCCAGCGGCUAGUCGUACUUUGGGAGAACACAUAUAUCGGCCGGCCGAUACUGGGGAGCCUCAUGAUCAAGCAGGAGGGAGAAGCCUGUUCAGGGUGUUAAGCUGCACGGUGUCGUCGAGCAUCGUCCCUGGAAUCUCAUGGACUGUGUAUCGCACUCCGGUGCCAGCGGUACGCCGGUACUAUAGGUAG